AUCAGUUAAUGAUAUUAGUCUGCUUGUGAUAUUCUGUGUUUAAUUCUUAACCAUAAUGCCCCGCACCUGAAAAUUUUCCAGGAGCCUGUGAAGACCAAGCAUCCGCAGCUUCACUAUGAAUCAAAAUUGUAUAUGCUUCUUCAAGGAGGAACUGGGGUGCCUCACCUGAAGUGGUUUGGAGUUGAGGGAGACUACAAUGUGAUGGCGAUCGACCUUCUUGGACCUAGUCUGGAAGAUCUGUUCAAUUAUUGUAACCGGAAGUUAACAUUGAAGACAGUGUUAAUGCUUGCUGAUCAAUUAAUUAACAGGGUUGAAUAUAUGCAUUCAAGAGGUUUCCUUCACCGUGACAUAAAGCCAGACAAUUUUUUAAUGGGCCUAGGACGUAAAGCAAAUCAGGUCUACAUCAUUGACUAUGGCCUCGCCAAAAAAUUCAGAGAUCUUCAGACUCAUAAGCACAUACCAUACAGAGAAAACAAGAACCUUACAGGCACAAAAAUUUUCGUUAAGAAAAACAAGAAAGGGAAGAUUUGA